CCGCCUCCUUCCCUCCCGGCUCCGCGCUUUCGCGGCCGCCGUCGCCCCGGGGAAGGAGAGACGGGGGUGGGGUUUGCGGGUAGUGAGAAAGGAGGGGAGAGACCCCGGCUGGCUGGAGCCCGGAUUCCUAGGGAAGAAGGACAGGGGGAGGGGAAGCUGGAGGACCGGGAGGGAGAACGGGGAGCAGCGGCCGGGCCUGGGGCCUUGAGGCCCGGGCAGAGCCGGGGAGCGGGACCGGGCGCCGAGCCCGUGCGGCUCCGCCUCCGCCUCCUCCGCGGGGCGCCCUCCGCGUCCCGAACCGGGCGGUCGGAGCCUGUGAGGCGCGCAGACCGAGCUCUGUCUGUCGGCUGGUCCAGGCCGCUGCCGGCGGGCUCCGCCGUGCUCUCACGGCCGCCGUUUCCUCAGAUGUUGCUGCUGCUGCUGGUGCCUCUCUUCCUCCGCCCCCUGGGCGCAGGCGGGGCGCAGACCCCCAACGCCACCUCGGAAGCGCUGCCUUCCCGCUCCCACGGUUCCCCUGUGCCUCCCCACUCCCUCUCAGGUUGCCAGAUCAUACACCCGCCUUGGGAAGGGGGCAUCAGGUAUCGCGGCCUGACUCGCGACCAGGUGAAGGCCAUCAACUUCCUGCCGGUGGACUAUGAGAUUGAAUAUGUGUGCCGGGGGGAGCGCGAGGUGGUGGGGCCCAAGGUGCGCAAGUGCCUGGCCAACGGCUCCUGGACGGAUAUGGACACACCCAGCCGCUGUGUCCGAAUCUGCUCCAAGUCUUAUUUGACCCUGGAAAAUGGGAAGGUUUUCCUGACGGGUGGGGACCUCCCAGCUCUGGAUGGAGCCCGGGUGGAUUUCCGAUGUGACCCCGACUUCCAUCUGGUGGGCAGCUCCCGGAGCAUCUGUAGUCAGGGCCAGUGGAGCACCCCCAAGCCCCACUGCCAGGUGAAUCGAACGCCACACUCAGAACGGCGUGCAGUGUACAUCGGGGCGCUGUUUCCCAUGAGCGGGGGCUGGCCGGGGGGCCAGGCCUGCCAGCCCGCGGUGGAGAUGGCGCUGGAGGACGUUAACAGCCGCAGGGACAUCUUGCCGGACUACGAGCUCAAGCUUAUCCACCACGACAGCAAGUGUGACCCAGGGCAAGCCACCAAGUACUUGUACGAACUGCUCUACAAUGACCCCAUCAAGAUCAUCCUCAUGCCAGGCUGCAGUUCUGUGUCCACACUUGUAGCCGAGGCUGCCCGGAUGUGGAAUCUUAUUGUGCUUUCCUACGGCUCCAGCUCACCAGCCCUGUCAAACCGGCAGCGUUUUCCAACGUUCUUCCGAACACAUCCAUCCGCCACACUCCACAAUCCUACCCGGGUGAAACUCUUUGAAAAGUGGGGCUGGAAGAAGAUUGCCACCAUCCAGCAGACCACAGAGGUCUUCACCUCAACGCUGGAUGAUCUCGAGGAACGAGUGAAAGAGGCUGGGAUCGAGAUCACCUUCCGCCAGAGUUUCUUCUCAGAUCCAGCUGUGCCUGUUAAAAACCUGAAGCGUCAAGAUGCUCGGAUCAUCGUGGGACUUUUCUAUGAGACUGAAGCCCGGAAAGUUUUUUGUGAGGUCUAUAAGGAACGGCUCUUUGGGAAGAAGUAUGUCUGGUUCCUCAUCGGAUGGUAUGCUGACAAUUGGUUCAAGACCUAUGACCCGUCAAUCAAUUGUACAGUGGAUGAAAUGACUGAGGCGGUGGAGGGCCACAUCACCACUGAGAUCGUCAUGCUGAACCCUGCCAACACCCGAAGCAUUUCCAACAUGACCUCCCAGGAAUUUGUGGAGAAACUAACCAAGAGGCUGAAAAGACAUCCUGAGGAGACUGGAGGCUUCCAGGAGGCACCACUGGCCUAUGAUGCUAUCUGGGCCUUGGCUUUGGCCUUGAACAAGACCUCUGGAGGAGGUGGCCGGUCGGGUGUGCGUCUGGAGGACUUUAACUACAACAACCAGACCAUCACAGACCAAAUCUACCGGGCCAUGAACUCCUCAUCCUUUGAGGGUGUUUCUGGCCAUGUGGUCUUUGAUGCCAGCGGCUCCCGGAUGGCAUGGACACUUAUCGAGCAGCUGCAGGGUGGCAGCUACAAGAAGAUUGGCUACUACGACAGCACCAAGGAUGACCUUUCCUGGUCCAAAACAGAUAAGUGGAUUGGAGGGUCUCCCCCAGCUGACCAGACCUUGGUCAUCAAGACAUUCCGCUUCCUGUCACAGAAACUCUUUAUCUCCGUCUCAGUUCUCUCCAGCCUGGGCAUUGUUCUUGCUGUUGUCUGUCUGUCCUUUAACAUCUACAACUCCCACGUUCGUUAUAUCCAGAACUCCCAGCCCAACCUGAACAAUCUGACUGCCGUGGGCUGCUCGCUGGCACUAGCUGCUGUCUUCCCCCUUGGGCUGGACGGUUACCACAUAAAGAAAGGCCAGUUCCCGUUUGUCUGCCAGGCCCGCCUUUGGCUCUUGGGCUUGGGCUUCAGUCUGGGCUAUGGCUCUAUGUUCACUAAGAUCUGGUGGGUCCACACCGUCUUCACAAAGAAGGAGGAGAAGAAGGAAUGGAGGAAGACCCUAGAGCCCUGGAAACUGUAUGCCACUGUAGGCCUGCUGGUGGGCAUGGAUAUCUUGACUCUUGCCAUCUGGCAGAUUGUGGACCCCUUGCACCGAACCAUCGAGACUUUUGCCAAAGAGGAGCCAAAGGAAGAUAUCGAUGUAUCCAUCCUGCCCCAGCUGGAGCACUGCAGCUCCAGGAAGAUGAAUACAUGGCUUGGCAUUUUCUAUGGUUACAAGGGGCUGCUGUUGCUGCUGGGAAUCUUUCUUGCUUAUGAGACCAAAAGUGUUUCCACUGAAAAGAUCAACGACCACAGGGCUGUGGGCAUGGCUAUCUACAAUGUUGCGGUCCUGUGUCUCAUCACUGCUCCUGUCACCAUGAUUCUCUCCAGCCAGCAGGAUGCAGCCUUUGCCUUUGCCUCUCUGGCCAUCGUGUUCUCUUCCUACAUCACUCUGGUUGUGCUCUUUGUGCCCAAGAUGCGUAGGUUGAUCACCCGAGGGGAAUGGCAGUCCGAAGCCCAGGACACCAUGAAGACAGGGUCAUCCACCAACAACAAUGAGGAAGAGAAGUCCCGACUGUUGGAGAAAGAGAACCGUGAAUUGGAAAAGAUCAUUGCUGAGAAAGAGGAGCGUGUCUCCGAACUGCGCCAUCAGCUCCAGUCUCGGCAACAGCUCCGCUCACGGCGCCACCCCCCAACACCCCCAGACCCCUCUGGGGGCCUCCCCAGGGGACCCUCGGAGCCCCCUGACCGACUUAGCUGUGAUGGGAGUCGAGUGCAUUUGCUUUACAAGUGAGGGGGUAUCAAGAAGGAUAAGGCCAGUAGGGGAGGGAAGGGUGUGGGAAGAGGGUGGGGGACUGGGAGGAGGGCAAGGACUCCUAUCUCCAACUGGGAGAACAUGCUCCAAUCCCCCUCAUAAAUAUAUGUCACUCUGUGCAUUUGGAGUUAUUUGAGUCUCCAAUACCCUGGGAAACAGACUGUUUUCUCUCUUAUUCAUUCAUAUAAUUUUGUAUCGCUACUUCACAGUUUGGUUCGAACCCUGCUUGAAGCUAUUUGCUCAUAACCCCAGAGGGGCAGCUCACCAUAUUUUUCUCCCACGUCCUGUCUCAUGUAGUGAUCAUGAAAACUCCUGCAAUUUCAGCAGCAGGGGUCUCCCCACAAGUGUUCUUCCCACACUAGUAGGACCCUCUCCGUUUCUCAGCAUCAGAAUCCCCUUCCAUUGUCCUUGUCCUUCUACACGUCCCCAUGUUUUCCUCUCCUUAAAUGUUGCUCUUCCAGGAGAAUCAUUCUUACCCAGGUCCACAUGCUCUUUGCCUCUGCUCUGUGUGCUCCGGGUUUCCAGCACACAUACCCCAUCCUCCAAGUGUGGUGUUUCCUGAGUGCUUUCUCAUGCUGCCUCUCAUUACUUGUGCUCUCUGAAUACCCUGCACCUGUGAGUGACAAUGGUUGUGGAUAUGCGCUGUGGUGUGCUUGGGUGUGUGUGAUGUGUUGGGCACACUAUGCUGUCUUCCUCAUGUGCACAUGUCACGUCUUUCUGCGCUGUGGUGUGCUUGGAUGUGUGUGAUAUGUUGGGCACACUACACUGUCUUCCUCAUGUGCGCAUGUCACGUCUUUCUGUGCUGUGGUGUGCUCAGGUAAGUGUGCAUGAUGUGUUGAACACACUAUGCUGUCUUCCUCAUGCGCACAUGUCACGUCUUUCUGUGUUUUACCUGUGCGACUCAGUGCAUUGUAUAUUGGCCUAUUUGCAUCUUAACAUCAUGUGUAUGUGUGUUUCCCUGGCUGGCUUAACAUCAUGUGUAUGUGUGUUUCCCUGGCUGGCUUCAUGGCAGUCCUCUUUCUUAAUCCACCUUCUGAGUGUUUGGAUUACGUCGUCUGCCUCUCUGAUAUCAUGUCUUUUCCCACCAGAGUCAUGUGCACCCAACAUGCACAUGUUAAGCACAUUCUCCCCAGUUCAUGUGUUCUGGGCCAUCCAUCCCUCUCCUUGGCAUUAUGUUUCCUCUCAAUGUUCCCUGGAUUCUUUGCUCUCAUGUGUACCACCCUCGGUCUGUACUUAUAAUUAUCUCUCAAGACUGAAUCGUAGUUUUCUUUUC